AUGAACUUCACCCUGCGCAAAGGUCUGGCCCUUCUCGGCCUCGCGUCCGCCGUCGCCGCCAGCUGCACGGUCGAGACGGACUACGAGAUCACUUUCUACGGAUACCCUGACAACGACCCUGCCAGUGCGGAGACGGCGUAUAACUGUGGUGGCCGUGACUACAUUGCCGGGGGCACCGGCACGUACGACGACCCCCUGACCUUUGCCACCGCGCCGGGCGAGUUCGAGAAGUGCGAGAUCAUCUAUCUCCCUUACCUGCGCAAAUACCUCCGGCUCGAGGACGUCUGUGAGCAGUGCACCACGGACUACAAGGAGGGCAAGCAUCACAUCGACGUCUGGACGGGCUCCAGCACCGUCAACGGCGGUGAAACGCAGAUCAGGUGCGAGGAUGCGUUGACCCCGAGUGCAUCCCAGUCCGUGAUUGUCAACCCGGCAAGCACCUACACCGUCAACGCCGCUGCCCUGUUCUCAGAUGACACUUGCCACACCUCCGACACCUACAGCAACGCCGACGCGUCGAGCUACUGCUCCAGCUCCGGCUCGUCCUCAUCCAUCUGCUCCUGGGCGGGCCACUGUGCCGGGGCCUCCUGCGAGAACGAGAACGACUGCUCGGGCAGCCUCACUUGUGUCAGCGGCAAGUGCGCGUAGGCGACUUCCCAUCGGGUGGAACGCUGCUGGACCGGGGGAGAGGGAUUGGCGAGAGCGCCGUCGUGUCGAGGACAUGGUAACGGGGGCGCGAG